UGGCCACCUGCAGCCCUGCCAAUAUGCCCCUCCAUCAGAUUUCUGUAAUCCCAGCCCGGGAGACUGCCAGCAAUGGGAGAAGUUCAAUGGGCAGAAACAAAGAGAAGAACAAGGAAAUCGAGAAUUUCAGGAAUUGAAAAGGGAAAAGAGGAAGAAGAAAAUGCUGGGCUGGUGUGAAGCGAUAGCCCGGAACCCUCACAGAAUCCCAAACACCACACGGACACCAGAGACCUCAGCAGAUGUGGCAGAUGCCAAUCAAACCUCCACGCUGAAUGAAAAGUCUCCAGGGCGAUCUGCAAGUCGAUCAAGUAACAUAUCAAAAGCAAGCAGCCCAACAACAGGGACAGCUCCCAGGAGCCAAUCAAGGUUGUCUGUCUGUCCAUCUACUCAGGACAUCUGCAGAUCUUCCAUCUUGCAUGACAUGUCAGAAGAUGCAUUUGAGCACUGCACCCCUGUAAUGGUGCUGAGCCAUGCUAGAAAGGAGUCUGGUAAGAAACCAGUAAAACAGAAGCCUAGGAGGAGGAGAAGGGUCUCUCAGAGAUAUGAGCAUGCAGAAGAACAAGCAAAGGGGAGAAGAAGUGACUUUCACCUCCAGAUUUCAAGUCCCAGGUGGAGAGAACUUUCUACGGAGACUUCAGAUUCAUCUUCCACAGAUGAGAGUCACUGGGCUCAGGCAAAAAGACAAGCCCAGGUUAAAUUCAGACUUUCUCGAAGGAGGAGAAAUAAUAAAAAUCCAUGUGGAAACCUGGCUGGGUCUUCCACUCCUGACAGAAUUGAGCUUGUUGAUCCGGGAUCCAAAGGUGAAAAGCACCAAGAGCUGAUGGAAUGUACGAGUCAUUCUUUAAAUGUCUAUAGAGGAAAAGUCAUAAGGUACCAAGAACGCAGUCCUCCCCUGCCAAGGGGAUCCAUGGUGGAGAAGAGAGCCCCAGGGAGCCACUCAGGGAGUAAAGGCAGAUUCUGCCACAGGGAUCCUCAGCUCUUGCACACAUUUAGGCAAAAAGAAGCAAUCAAGAAAAGAUUUUCAGAAACUGAUUCUGAUACUGAAAUUGUAGCAGCUGUAGAAGGGGCCGAGUGUGUGGAUGAUGCGGGGCUUCAGCUGAAUACCUCUGCUCAGGAGCCUCCUGAUGCCUGUCAUGAUGGCUCUGAUAAUUUCGAAGUAUGCAGGAUCUGUCACUGCGAAGGCGAUGAAGAGAGCCCACUCAUCACUCCCUGCCGCUGCACGGGGACCUUGCGCUUUGUUCACCAGUCCUGUCUCCACCAGUGGAUCAAGAGCUCAGACACACGAUGCUGUGAGCUCUGCAAGUACGACUUCAUAAUGGAGACCAAGCUCAAGCCCCUGCGGAAGUGGGAAAAACUCCAGAUGACCACAAGUGAAAGGAGGAAGAUCUUCUGCUCUGUCACAUUCCAUGUCAUCGCUGUCACCUGUGUGGUGUGGUCUUUGUACGUGUUGAUAGAUCGGACAGCAGAAGAAAUCAAGCAAGGUAACGACAAUGGUGUGCUGGAAUGGCCCUUUUGGACAAAACUGGUUGUGGUGGCCAUUGGCUUCACAGGAGGUCUCGUCUUCAUGUAUGUACAGUGUAAGGUCUAUGUUCAACUGUGGCGCAGGCUGAAGGCCUACAACCGUGUGAUCUUUGUGCAGAAUUGCCCAGACACUGCCAACAAACUGGAGAAGAGCUUCUCAUGUAACGUGAACACGGAAAUCAAGGAUGCUGUGGUUGUGCCUGUACCACAGACAGGUUCAAAUACACUGCCAUCUGCAGAGGGUGCCCCACCCGAAGUUAUACCAGUGUGAUGGAACUGGAGGGGAACUUCCUCCCAGAAGGAUCUUUACAGGCCCCAGCCACUACAACCAGAAGCGCUUCUGCUCUGGUGGCUUCCUCAUCUUCUCCUUUUCCCUACUGACUUAUCUGUCCUGACUCGGCGCAAAAAGGAAGUAAGGAGAAAAAUAUCAAGUGACCAGGAUCCCAAGAAGCAGAGCCUGCAGUGGGACAUGGAAAGGUGAAGUGUCUUAGGGAGUGAGUUUGUAAGGAACAACUGGUACAAGCAAUGCUCCCAGACAACGAUGAACACAUGAUACUCUUGGGUAGCACACAGGAAUUCCCUGAACUGACUUCAAAUUGAUGUAUGCUUCUUUGUAGGGGUCUGUAACAUUAGCCUUCUCCACUGGAAAUGACACACGUUUGGUCUUAAGCCUGAAACUGUGUGCAUUGUCCCUAAGUCACACCAGAGGCAAAGUUGGAGGACUUGAAGUUUUUUACACUUUGACAGCUGAUAUUUUCUGGCUAUUGUGAAGUCUGGUUAUUUUGACAGAUGCAUGUUUUUAAAUGGAUGCAAUACACAUUUGAAGAUAGAAAUGUUUGGAAUUUUGUUUAAAUCAUGAAGAAAAGAUGUUCAGAGCAUUGUGGAGUUUAGCUAGCACUUUUUUGAAAGUAACUAUCAUGCUGUAUUUUUAUCUGGUCUCUCUUACACAGUAUUCUACAACAGACACAUAACAUGAGCUACAAAUGCAACCAGCAGAUGUAAAUUUUAACUCUCCUAGUGUGCCCCAUUAGGAAAAGUGAAAAUAAACAAGUCAAUUUUUUAAUUUAGCUAACACUAAACAUUCAAGUUAUUUUAUGUCAUCAACAAAAACAAUUAUUAAAAUAGCUUUCAUCAUUUUCUUGAACCAAGUUUUCAAAAUGCAUCACAUAUCUAUGGCACACUUCAAUGACUUUAGAGUGUUGGACAGGACUUAAAUCAAGAACAUUGGAUACCAGAGCCCUUGCAUUAGAAACUACACCUCUAUUUCAUUUAAUUUGGAUAUUUCAAAACAGCAGUUUAAUCCAUUAUUUUGUUUUGCAGGUUCACUUAAGGGUUAUGAUUUACAAAGCACCAAACUCAUCAAAUGAAGUCUUCAGGUUUGAAUUCAGUGAAUUUAUCCCCUUCCAAAAGGGUAAAAAAAACCCAAAAGUUUAGAGUCAGUAUAAUCCAUAGCAUUGUUAUGAACUUAACUUCUGUGUUGUACCUACAAGGAAAUUAUGAUAGGAAAAUAAAAAUAUAUUUUGUUACUAAAUCAGAUGUAUUAAGGUUCAUAAAUUCACAUGGAGUGUCAAUGUGACAGAUAGGUAUCUUAAUUAAGGAUCUCAACCCUGACUUUAAACUUGAUAGUAUUUCCCUAGCUCAGCUCAGAAGUAAAAAUAUUCAAUAGAUUCUAUGGAGAGAGAUAAGCUGGGUAGUCGGUUCAACAAUUGAUUACUGUGCUCUACACAAAUUCAGAUAAACUGCUAUGACACUGCAGUGAGCUCGGUAAAUAAUCACAAGUAAGUAAUCACAAAGAAAGAUGACCACAUUUUUAAAAAGUGAUUUUGUUAGUUGUCAUUAUUUAUUAUCCCGAAAAGGCAGAGAUGGCCAUAAAAACCAAAGCAUGGGCAUCAUGUUGCACAUAUCUGGAUACCGCAUCCAUGCACUUUGUAAUAAUCAGUGUGUUUGUUCUUAAUGGAUUAGCAAAGGAAAAACACAAGGAUCUUUCAAUGAGAACAGAGUAUGAUAUUUGUAGUGAUCGACACUGGGUCCAUAGUCCCAUUCUUAGAAAUAAAGGCAUAGUAAACAAUGUCAACUGUGUGUGUGACGUGUAUAUUCAUGUAUAUAUGCAAGAAAAAUGUUAAGAUAUUCAGUGAGUCAGGAAACAAAAGGUUAAAAAUUCAUCACUCUUGAAACUUGUGGGAGGAGCAUGGAUUAAAUAUACAGGGACAAGGCAAUGGACAUAGCUAACCUAGACCAGACCUCCAGCAGAAAUAAGGAUUCACAAGACCUUAGAGAAAAAGACUAGAACCCUAAGCUUUGCAUUAAUUUCCUGCCAAGUUACCAUUUUAAAGAUUUGAGUGUGAACAACAAAAUAUGGAUGGGCUGAUCAUGACUUCACACAAGUUAACAAUCAUUCAGUUUUCUGCAUAGUUCCCUCACUCUAAUUCAUUAUUUCCUGUGGCUUAGUCAUGGCAAUUUGCUGUCUAAAAAUAUUCCAUGAGAAAGUACAAUGUAGUAUUGAUUUUUGCCUUCUUUACUAUAGGAAGAAAUGGGUCAUUUACCUUAAUUACCACAGAAAAUACUGUUUGAAUGCAGGAUGGGUAUUUGAAUAGCUUGUUUCACACAGGAAGGUGGGCUAACCCUUAUUUUUCAAGGUAUAUACCAACACUAAAAUAAACAAUAAAAAGCAAAGAUAAGCUUUGCUACAUCAAUGAAAAGACAGCAUGGUGUUUUAAAAUGAUAAAUAGGCUUAAAGUCUACCUUCAUAAGCUUUGUCUUUAAUAAAUAUGAUAGAACUCUGAACAGUGUUUAUUCUGCUAUCUGUUGAUGCUUUAAAAUUUUCCACUAAAAUAUUUCCUAAGACUAAUAUUUAUGAUUUGAAUAACCUGACUUAACUAUUCAGAUACGUAACAGCCAGUGUUGGAGUGGGGUGUGGUAGUUCUAUCCCUGUAAUCCCAGCAACUUUGAAAACUUAAGGCUUCAUGAUUAUUUUCUACUACACAGUGAGGGCCAAAUAAAGGCCAGCCUAGGCUACAGGAGACAUUUUUCCAAUAAAAAAAAAAAAACAAAUAAACAAACAAAAAGGUUAAAAUCUAAAUGAACAGAGCCGGUAUUGAAAGCAUCUUUCACAUUCUGUGUGGUAAUGGUGUUUUCCUUUAAUAACAGGGAAAAGGCUUGGCUUUGAUAGCCUGUCUUACUGCUCAAGGAGAAAAACUGCUUGACAGAAAGAAAAUGAGUGUUUACCUGCUUUCAUGUAAAAAGUAAAACAGAAGCUAAAUACUGAAUCCUGAGCUUACAGAUUUGUUAAAACUGAAUUUUUAUAAACACAACAUGAAGCUGGGGUUUCAGAAAUGCCAUAAACCAGACAUUGAAAAUGCUUUUUAUCAAGAGCUGACAUUUUCACAAAUAAUAUUCAAUUGGAAAGGAAUGAAAUUAACACAUUUGAAAGUGAAGACCAGAGAUGGGAGACAUGACUCAGUGAUCACUCUCUGCUCUCAGAGGCUCCUACCUGAGCUCCCAGCACCCACAUGACAGCUCACAACCAUCUGUAUCUCCAGCUCCAGGAUACCCAACACACUCUUCUGGUCUCUGAGGACACACACAAAGAAAUCUUUAAAAAGUGAAGUAUCCCAAAGUACAGAAACAUAGGUAUAAAACAAUAACAAAACCCUACAAAAAUAGAGGAAAAAAAUUAUAAUUUCAGGGUACCGAUAACCCAGGAUACUGCAAUGCAGACAUUGAGUCGUUCUCAGAAUGUCCCGGGACCAAAACCUCACUCAGAGGUGCUGCUAUGCCGCAAAUGAUAUCCCACAAUGAACCCUCAAGCUUGUAGUUUUUCUUUUGUGAAAAGGAUAUGGGUACCCUUCAGACAUUUAUUCUUUGGCUGAAAAAUGAGGUCAUCAAACUACUGAUAUCUUUAAGAGAAAUCAUAAUGAUCAGUGGGGUGAAGUGGGACGGUCAUGCAUUCCAUUUAUCAUAUACAAAUUACCAUGCCUUGCCAAUGGAUAUUUUGGAGUAAAUAUUAAGUGGAGAACCUAAAACUUAUUAUCGUAUUGUAACUAUUAUAAAAUCAUGUCCUUAUAUCAGCUCAAUGGUGCUAUUUUACAUAACAAUACAACUGAAAGGAAGUGCUGUUACAUUUGGGCUGCAGUGUUUUGCCCACAUUUGCAGAAAGUCCAAGUUGAAAUUAGAUAACAUUUAAACAAAGGAAAAAAAAUAUUGUUUUAACUGUAUUUUUUGAGAUUGGGCAUUUGUACUUUUUUAGUUUUACCUAAUGUCUUCACUAACAAUUUACCGUUUGUGAA